AAAAAAUGACAUGAAAAAUGUUAGUAAGAAUUUUAGUUGUGUCUCCAAGGUAGGCAAUCACACACACACACUGAAACAGUCCUACUUUGGAGCUGAGCUAAACAACAAUUACAAUGGCAACGUCGUCGUCUAAGGCUUUCUCUAGGUUAACAUCUCGAUUACACUCUCUCCUUACAAAACCAUCACCACUCUCCUCUCAUCUCAAACCCAAACUUCAAUCUGCAACUCUUCCACGCCUCUCUUUCACUUCACGGUUACCGGUGGAGUUGGGUAGCUUGGAAUCAAUGUUGCCGCUGUAUACCGCUGUUGCUUCUGCUCGAUUAGUUUCAAGCUUGUCCAUUGAAUCUAUUGGUUGGGGUUUAGUUCCUCAAGGUAUUUCCAUGCCUUUAUGACAGUGUUGAUAGGCAGUUAGCUGAUUCUAGUAGCAUUUCCAUUUAAUGGAAGACUGUGGCUCAUGUUGACGCUUUUCAUUUCUAUGUAAUCUUGAGGCCUUUUGACAUAGGAUUCUUCAUCUGAUAUCUUAGAGAGACAUGCAAUACAACUGAUGUUGCUUACUCAUUGAGUUGAUUCAUUUUAUACUCAGAAGUUUCUAGAAUA